AUGCCCGAAUUUUUCGACCCUCUUUCGGACUUGGUAAAGCGGCACCAAGCCGACGAUUCCGGCGAGAGGUUCGAACCAGCGGAGAAUGGCGACGGCUGCCCCUACCGGGAGGACGACAUCAUGUCGGCCGAGAAGGGGGUCAGCACGGGAACCACCAUUAUGGCCGUCGAGUUUGACGGGGGCGUCGUGAUGGCGGCGGACUCCAGAACCUCCAUGGGCGACUACGUCGCAAAUCGCGUCAGCCGUAUUUGAAAUGAUAGAACUCUAAAAUAAGUUGUUGUAGUACCUACGGUACUAGAUGUAGAGGCAAUAAAACUCUGUCAUGUCAUUUCGACAUGCGCAGUGAUUUCUUGUGUCAGGCAUAGUAUGGAUUCCAAGUGUAAUGAGAAGAAUGCUAUAUUGAAAUUCUCACAUGAUCAGGUAAAAUCACUCCCGUCCACGACCGCAUUUUUGUGUGCCGGUCCGGUUCCGCGGCGGACACACAGGCAUUGACCGGGUAUGUGCAGCACUACCUGGGCCUGCACUCGUAUCCUAAUUAAAAACGUCCCCACAGCAGGGUUGUCAUGCAGAUUUGCAAUGACAGGAACAUUUGUAAUGCGCAUCGCCAGGAGAGGCAUUUUUAGUCGUGUUUUGGAAUUUGUAAUGCUGUAAACAGGAUGACCAGAUGGAUUUCUGAUGCAGCUGGCCUUGCGAACCUGCACUACACUACGGACUGCAACUUGUGAUGCGUGACCCCCAAAAGUUCUAGGCUUGUAUUGCAAAAUCCCCAUCCUGACUCUGGGGUGGGGAUGUUUUUCCUCACGAUAACUCGAUGGAACUGAAAGAUCCGAAGUUUCCGAAGGUGAAUACGUGUGCGACUUUGUUCCAGCAGUUGGUUUAUAACAACAAAGAUCACCUGAUGGCCGGACUGAUCGUCGCAGGGUACGAUAAGGUGCAUGGGGGACAGGUAAAAAUAAUUUGAAAAUUUGUAUUGCGGUGCUAGUACAAGGGCAAAGAAACGCGUUCGUAUUGCAUGUAGUUUCCCAUUUAUUUUAUCUCUUGUACUUGUUAUAAGUUUAAGUGUGUUUUCAUAAAGAUAAAUGCAAAGAUGAAAAUCAACAGGUGUACGUGAUCCCCUUGGGCGGUGCGAAGUUCAGACGAGGGUACGCGGUCGGCGGGUCUGGUAGCGCUUACAUCAUGGGUUUAAUCGAUGCGGAGUACAAACCGGGAAUGACGGAGGAGGAGGCCAGGGCGAAGUGCAAAAAGUGGGUUUCCCACGCCAUGACACGGGACGGGAGUUCCGGUGGGGUGGUGAGGACGAUGGUGAUCAAGGAGAGUGGUACGCACGAAGACUACACCUACGGGGACGGAUUGCCGAGUCAGCCCCUGUAGGUCGGCAAGUAAAUAAAAAGUGAUGAAACUUCUCGAGAUCAUGAUUCUGAUCGUGCUAGAAGAAGGAAAAGCGAAGUUGAGCGGCGAAUUUUAUAAGAGGGUCUUCCACUCCUGAUAACAACUUCUGGGGCCAUGAGGAACAUCUGUCAUGUUGACCUGCUCCUCCGACACCAAUUAUUUUUUCAAAAAUCUAGAAAAGAGAACCCACACGCGGCCUGCUUGCACUUGCGGAAACAAAUAAUAGAAGCAUAGUGCCUGCUUUGAUCGUUUACGUUUAGACCCUGUGUUCGUGUGUUCCCA